ACGGCCACACUAGCAUGCAGCUAGCCGGCUUUGGAAUUUUAUUUUUUGGCAGAAAUCUUCUCGAGGAACGAGUUUUGUGAUUCCCCUGGCCACGAUGGCGUUCCACUGGUGCGACAACAACUUGCACACCACCGUGUUCACGCCGCGCGACUUCCAGGUGGAACUGCUGGCCGCCGCCUUUGAGCGGAACACGAUAAUCUGCCUGGGCCACCGGAGUUCCAAGGAAUUCAUCGCCCUCAAGCUGCUUCAGGAAAUCUCCCGGCGCGGACGUCAGCAUGGCCGGGUCAGUGUUUACCUGAGCUGCGAGGUGGGCGGAAGCAAGGAGCCCUGUUCCAUCUACACAAUGCUCACCCACUUGACCGAUCUGCGGGUGUGGCAGGAGCAGCCGGACAUGCAGAUUCCCUUCAACCACUGCUGGACGGACUACCAUGUGUCCAUCUUACGGCCGGAGGGCUUUCUCCACCUGCUCGAGACUCGCGAUUUGCUGCUAAGCAGCGUAGAACUGAUUGUGCUGGAGGAUUGCCACGACAGUGCUGUUUAUCAGAGGAUAAUGCCGCUCUUCGAGCAGCACAUCUUGCCGGCUGCUCCGGCGAGAAGACCACGUAUUCUGGGAUUGGCUGGACCGCUGCACAGUGCCGGAUGUGAACUGCAGCAACUGAGCUUCAUGCUGGCCACCCUGGAGCGGAAUAUGCUAUGCCGGAUCGAGACAGCCAGCGAUAUCGUCACCGUGUUGCGCUACUGUUCCCGCCCGCAUGAGUACAUCGUGCAGUGCGCUCCAUUUGAGAUGGACGAGCUGUCCCUGGUGCUGGCCGAUGUCCUUAACACCCACAAGUCCUUCCUCACAGAUCACCGCUACGACCCCUUUGAGAUCUACGGCACAGAUCAGUUUAUGGAUGAGCUAAAGGACAUACCAGAUCCCAAAGUGGACCCGCUCAACGUCAUCAACUCGCUCUUGGCCGUGCUGCACGAGAUGGGUCCUUGGUGCACACAGCGGGCAGCCCACCACUUUUACCAGAGUAACGAGAAGCUAAAAGUGAAGACCCCGCACGAACGCCACUAUCUGCUCUACUGCCUGGUGAGCACGGCCCUCAUCCAACUGCACUCCCUCUGCGACCACACGUUCCAGCGGCAUCAGGGAACCGGAGGCGAUUCACGCCAGACCAUCGAACGCUAUUCCAGCCCGAAGGUGCGACGUUUGCUGCAGACACUGCGUUGCUUUAAGCCCGAAGAGGUGCACACCCAGGCGGACGGAUUGCGCAGGAUGCGUCAUCAGGUGGAGCAGGCGGACUUCAAUCGUCUAUCGCAUGUGCUGGAAAGCAAGUGCCGGGUGGUUGACCAACUAGAGCAGCAGCCCAUGGAAACCCGAACCCUGGUGGCCAAUCUAGAGCAGAUCUUGCACACAUCAGAGGAAAAGCCGCCGCCCAAGAGCGCUACUCGCUUUGCUCCUGCUCCUGCCCAGGCAAAGACCAAGACGGGCGGCACCGGUUCCAGCACGACUCAAACGCGAACCCGUAGGCGAGUAUACACAAGACGCCAUCAUCGGGACCAACAUGACGGCAGCGACACGCUCUGUGCACUCAUAUACUGCAACCAAAACCAUACGGCACGUGUGCUCUUCGAGCUGCUGGCUGAGAUCAGCAGGCGAGACCCCGAUCUCAAGUUCCUACGCUGCCAGUACACCACGGACCGCGUGGCCGAUCCCACCACGGAGCCCAAGGAAGCCGAGCUGGAGCACCGGCGGCAGGAGGAGGUACUUAAGCGAUUCCGCAUGCACGACUGCAAUGUGCUGAUUGGCACCUCUGUGCUGGAAGAGGGCAUCGAUGUGCCCAAGUGCAAUCUGGUAGUGCGCUGGGAUCCGCCCACCACAUAUCGAAGUUACGUCCAGUGUAAAGGACGUGCUCGAGCAGCUCCCGCUUACCAUGUCAUCCUGGUUGCACCCAGUUACGAAAGCCCUCCUGUUGGUGCAGUGCAAUUAAGUGAUCGGAGUCAUCGCUUUAUUUGCGGGGCGCCAGGGACAGGUGAUACUAUAGAGGCGGACAGCGACUCGGAUGACUCGGCGAUGCCAAGUUCAUAUGGUUCCGAUCCUUAUACUUUUGGAACGGCUCGAGGAACGGUAAAGAUCCUCAACCCCGAAGUGUUCAGUAAACAGCCGCCCACAGCUUGCGACAUAAAGUUGCAGGAGAUUCAGGAUGAAUCGCCGGCCACAGCGUUGCUGGACACUAGCAACUCCAGUGACGAGGCCGUCAGCAUGAGCAACACUAGUCCCAGUGAGAGCAGUACAGAACGCAAGUCCAGACGCUUCCAGUGUGAACUAGCCCUCCAAGCCGAGCCAGAGGAUACCAUCGAAUCGCUUCCCGAAAUCAAUACAGCUGAUCGAUUGGCCAGCACCACGAAGAACCUUGUUCACCAGAUGGCACAGUAUCGCGAGAUCGAGCAGAUGUUGCUAUCUAAGUGCGCCAACACUGAGCCGCCAGAGCAGGAACAACGCGAGGCAGAACGUUUCAGUGCCUGUCUGUCCGCCUAUCGACCCAAGCCGCAGCUCCUGACCGGGGCAUCCGUCGAUCUCGGAACUGCCAUUGCUCUGGUCAACAAAUACUGCGCUCGUCUACCCAGCGACACCUUCACCAAGUUGACGGCCCUGUGGCGCUGCACUCGAAGCGAGAGAGCCGGGGUGACCCUGUUUCAGUACACACUCCGGCUGCCUAUCAACUCGCCAUUAAAGCACGACAUCGUGGGUCUCCCGAUGCCCACUCAGACCCUAGCACGUCGACUGGCUGCCUUGCAGGCCUGUGUUGAGCUGCACAGGAUAGGUGAGCUGGACGACCAGUUACAGCCCAUUGGCAAAGAGGGAUUUCGCGCCCUGGAGCCGGACUGGGAGUGCUUCGAUCUGGAGCCAGAGGACGAGCAGAUUGUGCAGCUAAGCGAUGAGCCUCGACCGGGAACGACAAAGCGGCGACAGUACUACUAUAAACGCAUUGCCUCCGAGUUCUGCGACUGUCGCCCGGUGGCCGGCGCACCCUGCUAUCUGUACUUCAUCCAGCUGACGCUGCAGUGUCCAAUUCCCGAAGAGCAGAACACGCGAGGCCGGAAGAUUUAUCCACCUGAGGAUGCCCAGCAGGGUUUUGGCAUUCUCACAACCAAACGCAUUCCCAAGUUGAGCGCCUUCUCGAUAUUCACACGCUCUGGUGAGGUGAAGGUUUCCCUGGAGUUGGCCAAGGAUCGUGUAGUCCUAACUAGCGAACAGAUUGUCUGCAUCAACGGUUUCCUGAACUACACAUUUACCAAUGUACUGCGAUUGCAGAAGUUCCUCAUGCUCUUCGAUCCGGAUUCUACGGAGAAUUGUGUGUUUAUUGUGCCUACGGUGAACACAGCAGUGGGCGGCAAACAUAUCGACUGGCAGUUCCUAGAGCUCAUACAGGCCAAUGGCAAUACGAUGCCACGAUCAGUGCCCGAUGUGGAGCGACAGGCGCAGGCGUUUGACGCCCAACGCUUUCAAGAUGCCGUCGUUAUGCCAUGGUAUCGCAACCAGGAUCAACCGCAAUACUUCUACGUGGCCGAAAUCUGUCCACAUCUUUCACCACUCAGCUGCUUUCCCGGUGAUAACUACCGCACGUUCAAGCACUACUACCUCGUUAAGUAUGGACUGACGAUACAGAAUGCCUCGCAACCGCUGCUGGACGUGGAUCACACGAGUGCUCGCUUAAACUUCCUCACACCACGGUACGUGAACCGCAAGGGCGUGGCUCUGCCCACCAGUUCGGAGGAGACAAAGCGGGCCAAGCGCGAGAAUCUCGAGCAGAAACAAAUCCUAGUGCCGGAGUUGUGCACCGUGCAUCCGUUCCCCGCAUCCUUGUGGCGCACUGCAGUGUGCCUGCCCUGCAUUUUGUACCGCAUAAAUGGUCUUCUCCUGGCCGACGACAUUCGCAAGCAGGUCUCUGCGGAUCUGGGGCUUGGCAGGCAGCAAAUCGAGGAGGACCAGUUUGAGUGGCCCAUGUUGGACUUCGGGUGGAGUCUGUCGGAGGUGCUCAAGAAGUCACGCGAGUCUAAGCAAAAAGAUUCGGCCAAGGAUGCUUUAGUCAAUGGCAAAGAUUCAGUUGAAGAUGAGAAAGAGCCGACAAAGGUUGAGAACCAAGUAGACGAAGACCCAAAAGCCGAUAAAGUGGAGAAAAGUGCCAUCGAACUUAUCAUAGAGGGCGAGGAAAAGCUGCAGAAAGCGGAUGACUUUAUUGAGAUAGGCACUUGGUCAAACGACAUGGCCGACGACAUUGCUAGUUUCAACCAGGAAGACGACGAUGAGGAUGAAGCCUUUCGCCUUCCAGUUCUGCCUGCCAACGUAAAGUUUUGUGAUCAGCAGACCCGCUAUGGAUCGCCCACUUUUUGGGACGUGAGCAAUGGGGAAGGAGGCUUUAAGCCUCCAAAGCAAAAUCAAGCUCAGCAGGGUGGCAAGAGCAAAGGGAAGGGUACAGGAAAGCCCACGUUUAACUAUUAUGACUCGGACAAUUCGCUGGGCUCCAGUUAUGACGAUGACGAUAAUAAUGGACCGAUCAAUUACAUGCACCACAACUACAGCUCGGAUGACGAUGAUGUGGCGGAUGACAUCGAUGCGGGACGAAUUGCUUUCACCUCCAAGAAUGAGGCGGAGACCAUCGAAACCGCUCAGGAGGUGGAGAAGCGCCAGAAGCAACUCUCCAUAAUCCAGGCGACGAAUGCUAACGAACGGCAGUACCAACAGACAAAAAACCUGCUUAUUGGAUUCAACUUUGAACAGGAGGAGGAGUGCAAUGAGGGACCUCCCAGUGGCCGAUAUGAACAAUCGAUAGCUAAAUUACAGACGGAGAUCGAAAGCUGCGGCAUGCUGGUGUCACAUGACCAGGAAUUGGUCCUGAAACGAAAUAAUGUCGCUGAAACUCAGGGCGCAAAGGAAUCGAUGAUAAAGCUGCUAAAGCAACUAUUACCAUACUUGAAGGAGGAGCUGUUGGCCGAAAAGCUGGGAGACAGGCGGGAGUUGCUGCUCUCCGAUUUAGUGGAGCUUAAUGCGGAUUGGGUGGCCCAACAUGAUCAGGAGACCUUUACCGUUUUGGGCUGCGGAGAUAGUUUUGACAACUACAAUGAUCAUCAUCGGCUGAAUUUGGAUGAAAAAAAAUUAAAGCUCCAGUUUGAUAAAAAGGAAAUCCAGCCUUCAACUCCCAAGAAAAACAUAUCAUCAUCCAUAUUACCAGCGGGUUUUAGCUUCGAUCUUCAACCGAAUCUAGUCGGCCAUCCAGGACCCAGUCCCAGCAUUAUCCUCCAGGCCCUUACUAUGUCCAAUGCCAACGAUGGCAUUAAUCUGGAGCGCCUGGAGACCAUUGGUGAUUCCUUUCUCAAGUAUGCCAUUACCACCUACCUGUACAUCACCUACGAAAAUGUGCACGAGGGUAAGCUUAGUCAUUUGCGCUCCAAGCAGGUGGCCAAUCUCAACCUGUAUCGCUUGGGAAGGCGAAAGAGGCUGGGCGAGUACAUGAUAGCCACCAAAUUUGAGCCCCACGACAACUGGCUUCCACCAUGUUACUACGUGCCAAAGGAGCUGGAAAAGGCGCUAAUCGAAGCAAAAAUCCCAACGCACCACUGGAAACUAGCCGAUCUACUGGACAUAAAGAACUUGAGUAGCACUCAGAUCUGUGACAUGGUCCGCGAAAAAGCAGAGGCCCUGGGUAUGGAGAAGAAUGGUGGUGCCCAGAAUGGCCAACUGGACGACUCCAAUGAUAGCUGCAAUGAUUUCAGCUGCUUUAUUCCGUACAACCUGGUCUCGCAACACAGCAUUCCGGAUAAGUCCAUAGCCGAUUGCGUGGAGGCGCUAAUUGGAGCCUAUCUCAUCGAAUGCGGUCCGCGAGGAGCACUACUCUUCAUGGCCUGGCUGGGGGUAAGAGUACUUCCCUUCACCAGGCAGCUGGAGGCGGCAAACGAGGAGGAGCGAAUACCCGGAAGCACUAGACCAAACGCAGCCAAAAUGGUCACUGUUUAUGGCGAAUGGCCCACGCCACGCAGUCCCCUGCUGCACUUUGCACCCAAUGCCACAGAGGAACUUGACCAACUAUUAAGCGGUUUCGAGGAGUUCGAGGAGAGCCUGGGCUACCAAUUCCGGGAUCGUUCCUACCUUCUGCAAGCCAUGACGCAUGCCAGUUACACACCCAAUCGACUGACGGAUUGCUACCAGCGGUUGGAGUUUCUUGGCGACGCUGUGCUGGAUUACCUGAUUACACGGCACCUAUACGAAGAUCCCCGCCAGCAUUCGCCUGGCGCGUUAACGGAUUUGAGGUCAGCACUGGUGAAUAACACAAUUUUUGCCUCCCUUGCCGUUCGGCAUGGUUUCCACAAGUUCUUCCGACAUCUAUCGCCGGGGCUUAAUGAUGUAAUAGACCGUUUUGUGAGAAUCCAGCAGGAGAAUGGUCACAGCAUAAGUGAGGAGUACUACUUGCUCUCUGAGGAGGAGUGCGACGAUGCGGAGGACGUGGAAGUGCCGAAGGCAUUGGGCGAUGUCUUUGAAUCGAUCGCCGGUGCCAUAUUCCUGGACUCCAACAUGUCGCUAGAUGUGGUGUGGCAUGUCUACAGCAACAUGAUGAGCCCAGAGAUUGAACAAUUUAGCAACUCAGUGCCAAAGUCGCCCAUACGAGAGCUCCUCGAGCUGGAGCCGGAGACGGCCAAGUUCGGCAAGCCCGAGAAGCUGGCGGAUGGGCGGCGUGUGCGCGUCACCGUGGAUGUAUUUUGCAAAGGCACCUUCCGUGGCAUCGGCCGCAACUAUCGCAUUGCCAAGUGCACCGCGGCCAAAUGCGCACUGCGCCAACUCAAAAAGCAGGGCUUGAUUGCCAAAAAAGACUAAGAAGUCAUCGCUGCAAUUGUGUUUCAUUAGGCUUUAAAAAAUAGUUCGUAUUUUACUUAGAUUUAAGAAUAACUUUUGUAUAAAUCUUGAAUAUAUUAUAUUUGUCGAAUCA